AUGAAUCCUGGCCAAGUUACCCUGCUGGGAUCCACCAUCUGUGUGAUGUUUACUAUGCAUUUUGCAGCACAGCUUAUCUCAGAACAUCUUUUCUGUUGGAAGAAGCCAAAGGAGCAGAAAGCUAUUAUAAUUAUCACACUUAUGGCCCCCAUAUAUGCUAUUGACUCCUAUGUUGGUUUGUUAGAUCUUCAGGGGACCAAGGCCUUUUUUAUGUUCUUGGGCUCAAUUAAGGAAUGUUACGAGGUCUUGGUUAUAGCUAAAUUCUUGGCUUUGAUGUACAGCUACUUGAACAUAUCCAUUUGCAAAAACAUAGUGCCUGAUGAAAUCAAAGGAAGAGAGAUUCACCAUUCAUUUCCAAUGACUCUUUUUCAGCCCCGCACUGCUCUUCUGAACCACAAUACAUUGAAGCUUCUCAAGUACUGGACAUGGCAGUUUGUUGUGAUUCGCCCGUGUUCAAUCUUGAUGAUAACUCUUCAACUUCUUGGAGCCUAUCCCAGUUGGGUCAGCUGGACAUUCAGCAUCAUUCUUAACAUUUCAGUGUCACUGGCUUUAUACUCUCUUGUCAUUUUCUACCAUGUGUUUGCAAAGGAGUUGGCACCAAAUAAACCGCUUGCUAAGUUUUUAUGCAUCAAAGGGAUUGUCUUCUUCUGCUUUUGGCAGGGUGUUGUACUUGAUAUUCUUGUAGCAUUGGGCAUAUUCCGAUCUCAUCAUGUCUGGCUAGAUGUUGAGAACAUUGAGGAAGCCCUACAAAAUGUAUUGGUGUGUGUGGAGAUGGUUUUCUUUUCCGCUUUUCAGCAAUAUGCAUACAACGUUGCGCCAUACAGAGAUGAUGUUGCAUCAAGCGCAAAAUUAGAUAAGAAGAAAGAGUGAUUUGGAAUUUACAUAAAUAUGGGUGAGAACUUGAAUGUACCGAUAAAUAUCAUUGACUGAACUAAGUCAGAUUUAUAUGACCCAUGCUAUACCUAUAUCUAAAUAAUUUCGACUUUUAUACUUUUAGCUAGAGGAUAUUAAAAGAAGAAAGAAACCCAAGGCAUUUGAGAAA